AAUGAGGUUGGUAGCUAACGGAGAGCAAUUUACAAGCUAAAUUGUUUCAACAUUUUAAUUCUGUUAAUUUAAUUUCUUCUUGGUUUCCGACGUUUACCAAUUAAACCUUUUCCUCGAAUUGUCUGUUUUUAUUCUGGUUGAUUUUAUUUAUUAAUCCAAAGUGUUUAUUGUAACAAUUUUCUUUCUUUUCUAUCCUUUCCUUUUAUUUUUGUUUUCUUUCUCUUUCUGUUUUUGUGUUUCUCUUUCGCCAUAAUAAUAAUCUGGAAAAGAAAACAAGUCAAAAGUAUUUCUCCGAAAAUAAUUUCUAUUCUUCUUUUUCUUCAUCUUAAUCGUCAAUCAAUCGUCUAAUUGAGCAGCGAAAAGAAACAAAAACGACAACAUUAAAAGUCAACUUGUGUCAUAUGAAACUUGUUGAUUAUUCUUUUUAAAGUGAUUUAAUUGUGCAAAAUAAUCUCAAUCUUCUAAUUGAUUAUAAUUCUCCAAAAUUUUGUGAUUUAAUUUCAUCAUUUCACCACCAACAUCAUCAUCUCUAUUCUUUCUCAGCCUAUUUAUGUGGUCGGUAAAAUAUCGGUUGAUAACUUGGAAUCAAGUUAAUUUAAUGGUCCUAUCAAGGUUAUUCCAGUGAUAGCGCGGCCAAGAAAUACAGCCAAAGAGCAAUUGCUCGCUGCUACAGAGAAAGAUAUGACCCAUCCUAAUAUCACCAACGGUGCCAGUCUUGAGGAUUGUUACACCAAUUUUUUCGCUCUGGCUGAUCUUUGUGGCAUCAAAUGGAAAAGGUUAACAACACCCGAUACCUGGUUACCUUCGGCAACUGGUGAUCCUCUUGAUGAUCCAGUGCUUAAAGCUUAUAGCAAGUGUUUAGCAGCUGAGCUUCUUUGUGUAUGGAGACGAUUUACCAAUAAUAAAUGUAAUAGUGGUCCUCUUGGAUCGGCUGAUGCAUCAAUAGUAGGAGGAGGAGGAAAUGCUAAAAACAAUUCCGGUCAAGGAGAUGGACAUCCAGCUUAUAGUAAAGAAUUAUGGAUCUUCUGGUACAGCGAAGAACCUGAUGCUGCUAAAAUACCUCCAAAUGAAUUAAUUGAAGCUGAACAGGGCUCAUGGGAGAAUGGACUUUCCUAUGAAUGUCGUACUUUACUUUUCAAAGCUUUCCACAAUCUAAUUGAAAGAUGCCUUCUUUCUAGAGGGUUCGCUCGAAUAGGUAAAUGGUUUUUACAGCCAUUCGAGGCCGAUAUACCUCCCGAUAAAGGUUCCAAUGCCAGUUUUAACCCUGACCUGGGUCCAGUAUCUUCAUCAGCUUCAACCUCAUCUAGCUCAUCAUCAUCAUCUUCAUCAUCAUUACCUUCACCUGAUAAGUCCUCUUCAAGUCAACUUUCUUUCGCCUUUAACUUUUUUGUACAUGGAGAAAGCACGGUUUGUGCUAGUGUAGAUGUUCGAGUACUUCCGCCUGUUUACAGAUUGACCCGGCGUAACCUUUUGGCUGCUCAGGGAACUUCGUGUGGCCUUAAUGUUGUACUAAGUCCGUAUGGUGUGGCUGGUGUACUAACUGGACAAACCUUCAAAGAUUCUGACCAAACCACUCAAAGACUAUUACAAGAAUGGGAAAAGUUUUAUCCAUUGAAUCUUCAAAGUUCUAAGUCUGGACAAAGUAUUAGUGGAAAUGCUAGUGGCAGUAGUUCAAAUGGUCGACCAGCAGCCAUGAAUGUUACACCUCCUUUUUAUGAUUGUUAUGACGAUGUUUCUAUUGGUGUUAUUAAUGAACCUAUUUCAUCUUCCUCAUCUUCGUUCGCAUUACCGUCUGUUAUUGAAGUGAGUGUUGCCGGUAUUAAAAUGAAGUAUCCAUCAUCAUAUGUUUAUGUUGUUCCUGAAAAUUUUACGAAAAAGACGGAUGACAAUAAUUUAAAAACUUCGAAAGAUACUCAACCUCCACAACAAAAGCAACCGGAUCAAUCACAAUCACAAUCACAAUCCCAACCACAACCACAGACUCAACAAGUAACACAACAAAAGAAUCAACAACAAUCAUCAUCACAUAAUCCAAUGGUAAAUUUAUUAACACCACCGAAUACACCACCAGAAUUACAUCAAUCUUACUUAGCAAUCAAUUCAAAUCGUGUUCGAACUCCAAUUUUAUCACCCAUUCAGUUACAAAUACCUUCAUCGACUUGCCGUAUUAGGAAUAAUGCCUUCCAAGAGAUGAAUAUAUCUCAUCAAUCAAGUAAAUCAAUUGAACAAAAUUCAACAUCAUCAUCAUCAUCAUCAUCAACCACCAAUGCAGCAUCAUUAUCACCCACAACAACAAUAACAACAACAACAACAACAUCACCAUCUUCUUUAUCUACUACAACUGUAACAUCAACAAUCACCACAAGUACUACAACAUCAUCACCAUCCAUUUCAACUUCAUCAAAUUUAGGAAUGACAGGAGUUUCUGGGACAUCAACACCAACACCAACACCGAACUCAUUGACAGUACCUUCAACUACACCAUCGUCUAGUGCAACUAAUACAUCAAACGGUAUCAGUGGUACUACAUCAAGUGUUGUAUCUGGCAAAGCUACUCCAACUACGAGCAGUUCAACGCUUCCAACCUCAGCUCUUUCAACGGCAAGUUCAGUUACAGCCUUAGGAGAUGAUCUUAUCGCUGCUCUUGCUAAAUGGGAUUUCUGUGACCCUUCAGCUAAAGUAUCUUGUUCGUGUCAUCGGUGUAAAACGAAAAAGUCCAACAAUCAAUCCUCUGUUAACUCUAAAUCGUCAAACACUUCAUCAUUUUCUGGUACUUCUGGAACUAACAAGAAGUUUGAUAAAACUGACAAAGACAGACUUAAUCAAAAAGCAUCUAAAAAUGUCAACCCUUUCCAUCAUCGACCAAUGUUCUUUGAAGAGUUGGAUGUUUCAACCGUUCAGGACAAUUUUACUAAUAAUAACAGUAACAAUAACUCUAACAAUAAUAAUGAUAAUAGUAAUAAUAAUGUUAAUUCGUCGUCUACCGGUGCACAAUCAUCCACUUCGUCUUCUGCUAAUAAUGCAAUUACCCAGCCACCAUCAGUUCAACAACCAAAAACACCUAAUUAUCUGUAUAAAUCUCCUGGUAUGAGUGGAUUACCCUCAAUACAAUCAAAUGCAACUACUCCAGGGGGAACUGCCAUAGAUUCUCCUCGUUCCUGUGCUCCUUUCAGCGAUGGACCUGCAUCAGGUGGUCCUGCCUUAGAUGCGAGUUUAUCUUCUAUCUCACCUCACCCUGUUCGCGAUGAUAAUAACAUUUAUUCACAAGAACCACCUUCCAAUGAUCCCAGCAAAGGAAUUAACAAAAAUCUUGACGGAAUGUCUCCUCAUCCAGGAUCUGUGAAAGGCUCUGGAACCAUUGAUUCACCGGCAGUUGCUUGUGUAAAUCCAUGGACUCCAAGUAGCGGAGGAGUAGGAGGAGGUAGUGGUGGUGGUGGACAGCAACAAGGAAGACUAAAUGAAAAUGAUACUAAUCAACAACCAAAUAAUUCACAGAAUGUACUUGAUAAAACCGAUGUAGCAACAAAUGGUUCUAAUUCCCUGAAAAGACCAAUGCUUCCAGUUGACUCGAAUGAAAAUGAUCUAAGCUGUUCCAAAAAGUUACUUUAUGACUUUACUUGUAUCGACCACGUAACAAAUGUCUGGGAUAUACCAAUGCCAAAAAAUCGUAGGGUGAUCAAAGGACUGAAUAGAGCGGAAAUCAUGCGGGAUACAAGUGAUCAUAUGUUAGACAUAAAUUGCUAUAAAUCGAGGAGAGACCCUUAUGAAUUUAAUGAUGAAGAAUUUCUUGAUUUCAUGAAGUGUGAAAAAAUGGCGGAAGAUGAAACAAAUAAACCAAGCGAUUCUACUUUACCUUCGUCUGGCGUUAAUGAUACAAUUCGAUCAAAUGAAGCCGUUGUUCCAAUAUCUUCUGUACCAGUUUCUUGCGCUUCUCAAGAUGAUCAAACUGUUCCAAAAGAAGGACCAAAAAGUGCUGCUGCUGGUAUGGAUAAUGCAUCAAUUGCAUCUCCCAAAACUCUGAAAGUUUUUACACGAGAGGAAGAUCUAAGAGUUAGUGAUGCUGAUCUGAAUAAUAUUUUCGAAUCAGAUUCUGAUGAAGAAAGUAGUUCAGAAUUUUCUACACCAAAUGCUCCUAAAUCUAAUAAAAGUCCAGGAUUAUCUCAAAUGAAUGGUAACACUGGAUUACUGGCAGGAUUAGAAGAUUUUUCAAAAGGAAAUAGUCGUAACAAUGCAUCAACCCUUGCAGAAUUAACCAUGAUUUUCCCAACUCCACCCUCAAUGGAACACAAUACAGCUCCCUCGCCUUGUAACACUCUAGGUGGUACUGAUAUGACACUUAUUGAUGACAAUGCCCGUGAAAAACUAGACGGUUACCCAAAUAGUCCGACAAGCCUCGAAAACGCAAAAGAUUGGUCUUAUGUUUAUAAACCACCAAUUCAGUGUAAAUUUCUUACUUCUUCCAAAUAUGCCCCUUUAACUGACGUCGCAAGUCUCACACAAUACAAACCUCGCCCUGACUGUGUAUAUAAACAACAAGAGCCUUCAUUGCCUUUUCAGACUGUUAAAAGUCAAACUAAAACUCAUCCACAUCAACCACAACAUCCACCACAUCAGAUACAACAAAAUCAACAGCCACCUCACUCUCAUCAUCCUCAUCACCAACAAAAUCAUUUAUACUCAGAUAAACAUUCACCGCAUCCAUCCCAACCAAAUUCAGCAAUUUCUCAUUUAGGACCUUCCACUGGACUUAUUCCACCAUCUUCGCAACCCAAUCAAACAAAUAGAUCUUCAUCUGGCUAUUUUCAUCAAUUCGGUAAUAGCCAACAACAAAAUUCAAUGGUGCAUCAUCAUCAUGGUCAUCCCGGAAUGAUGCCUCCUCAUCAAAUGAAUUCUCAUUUUCAUCCAUCACAACAACAACAAAGUCCCCAUCAUCAUCUUAACCAUCAUCCUCAUCAUCAUCCAGGACAGAAUCAAAAUAUGGCUAUGAGUCGUUUAAAUUCUGGCCAAUUUUCACCUUCACCACAAAUUCAUCAAAGUCCUCCAAUCAUGGGUUCAGGCAUGAGAAUCAUGAGACCCGGACAUCCAUUAAGAGUCAACUAUCCACCAAAUCCACAAGUUUCCCCUUUCAUGCAAGGUCACCAGCAAACACCCAAUAUGUACAUGAAUCCUCAAUUUUCCAACUCUUACGGCCCUGGUGAUCGAAUGAUGUCAGCAAAUCAUCCACACUUUUCACCUCUCAUGGACAACAAUGGUCCACAGCCUCCCUUUGCAAAUCAUCCUCCAUACCACCAUCAGAUGCCUGGAAAUAAUUCCCCUCUUCCGGGUCACCAUCCAUCUCCCGCUAUGGGUAACAUUAACGGUCCUCUAGGAUCACUUCCUUAUGAUGUUCAUUCCCAUCAAAAUUCAUUAAUGCCAGGAAGAACGCCUUUACCUGCCACAAGUCCAGCCUUACCUACAAUUCCAGAUGCUCAUUGUAUAUUGAUCAAUUUAGUUCUAUCCGAUUCUAUGCUUAAUUUGUUUAAAGAUCAUAAUUUUGAAAGUUGUACUCUAUGCGCCUGUAAUGGUAACAUCAAAGGAUCUGAUGUUGGUAUUUACUUACCUGAAUCCCUCGUUCCUAGUGAAUCAGAUGAGCCUCAAUACAAGUGUACUUGUGGCUUUAGUGCAGUAUCAAAUCGUCAUCGUAGCUACUUCGCUGGACUUUUCUAUGAAGAUGAAUUUGAAAUAACCGGUGUUGCAUAUGACCCCUUGGAAAGAUUAGAAAAGAAACCUGUGAUUAAAAGUGAGAUUUCUAUCAAACAAGAACAAAAUGUUGAUGGUAAAGAAAUGGUUAAUACAAGUACAAAUCUAUAUGAAAAUGACCAAUUAGAUGCAAGUUUAGUGGACCUUUUAAGGAGUCAAUGCUCAACUCUAUUUCCAUCAAGCUCUUUAUUAGCUAAAGCGGCGAUCUUUGAAACUUUAAGGAAUAGAGAUGAUGCUGAUAUGGUCAACAUGGAUUCAUCAUUAUCCAUCCCGGUUUUAUUAAAUUCCAUGAAAGUGGUCACAAAGAAAGCUUUUCUCCUUCGUUCAAAUGCACUCCAAAGAUCGGAUGGUUGUGAAAUUGCUUAUAUAGCUUUAAUUGCCCCCAAACAAGUUAUGAACGGUAUUCUCCCGAAAAUGGCUAUUCAACAACUCAAUACCCCAGAAAGGUUGAAUCGUAAAGCAUCAUGUUUACAUGAAUGGUCUUUUAACAAUGGAUAUGUCGCUUCAAACAAUAUCGAUGUCGUCAGGUUAUUACGUAAUUUGACUCCUCUCCUUCAAAAAUCUGUCCAAAAGAAACCUCAGGCCAUGUGGGAAGUAACUUACACAGUUUCUGGUCCAUUGACGUGGAGGCAAUUCCAUCGUUUAGCUGGAAGAGGAACUGAAGAUCAAUGUGAACCUCAACCUAUUCCAUCAUUAUUGGUUGGUCAUGACAAUGAUUGGGUAGCCCUGUCACCAUUUGCCCUCAAAUAUUGGGAAAAGUUAAUGUUAGAACCUUAUUCAGUCACUCGAGAUGUGGCCUACCUCGUGCUAGCACCAGAUGACAGUUACAUUUUAUCUCAUGUUAAAACUUACUUUAAAGAGUUGAGCACAACUUAUGAGAUGUUGAGACUGGGUAGACAUUGUCCAAUAGCUAAAGUGAUGAGAGAUGGUAUCAUGAGAGUGGGUAAAACUGUCGUUAAAAAUAUCGCCAAUGAGCCGAUCGAUGAUUGGUUCAAUCAAAUUGGCGAUGGAAGUGUCGCUUCAAAGAUAAAACUUUAUGCAAGAGCCUGUAGAUAUUAUGUUGCUCCUUAUUUAAGUUCUCAGAAUUUGGACAAAUCUCUAUUCGACAAUUCAAUACCUAAACCAGAAUUUACUCCUGGAAUCGCCAAUGCUAAUCGUCCACCAACAGCUUCACCACAUCAUCCACCUGAUUCAAUGAAUACAAAUGAUUCCAAAGUUAACGAUGACCUCAAUGAAGGAAUAGGCCAAGGUUCUAGUUACACAGCGUCACAUCUUCAAGAUUCAUCUGAAUUAGACGAUGAUCCCAACAAACAACCAGUAAUUGUGAUUUAUAUUGUUGAACCAUUUACAUUUGCUAAUAUGGACGAGGAAGUUUAUCGACUCUCAUGCCUUGGAUUACUCAGAUGUUAUGCACAAAUGUUGAACUUUUUACCGGAACAUCUUCACAAUAGUAUUAAUCUACAAUUAGUUUCAUUAGAUUCUAUUCUUGGUGUUGGUGCUGAUUUCCAUGGUUCCAGACGUCAAGAUCAAAUGAAAGCUUUAGCCUUUUCCGUUUUCAAUCAAUGUCGCAAAGUUCUGGUCCAACAUUCUGUAUCUAAAUCUCUCACUGGUUUCGGUCCAGCGGCUUCAUUAGACAUGUUCCUUAAGUCCAAAGAUCCAACAUUAUCAAUAACUCGAGUUUACACUCCACCUUACAUUUUAGCUCCUCUAAAGGAUAAGCAAACUGAACUUGGAGAAAUGUUUGGUGAUGGAAGGGAAAAAUCUCAAAUCCUUUAUUGUGCUUAUUGUCUAACCGAAGAUCAAAAAUGGUUGGUGGUAACUUGUUCUAAUGAUAAAGGAGAUUUACUUGAAUCGACCUUGAUUAACAUUGAAAUACCAAAUAGGACGAAGAGGAAAAAAGCAUCUGCAAAGAAAUUUGGUCUGUACAAAAUAUUAGAAUUCAUUUUCUCGGUUAUGACUGAAACAAUUCAACCUUGGCGACUGGUUAUCGGUAGAGUUGGACGUGUGGGUCAUGGUGAAUUACGUGAAUGGAACGCGUUACUUAGUAAAAAGUCACUUCUUCGUUAUAGUCGUUUACUUCGUGAUAAAUGUCGCCAAUGUUCAAUGAUGACUCCAUAUGAGAUUCCGUCAAUUCUUUCAGCGUGUCUUGUUUCAUUAGAAGCUGAUACUGCUCUAAGAGUUUUCCCUGAUCAUUUUACACCAGAUGAUCGAUACACUUCUUCAUCUAGCAAUUGUCACCUUAGUACACCUGAAGAAGCCUCAUGUACUCAUAUCCUGGUCUUUCCAACUUCCGCUGCUUCCUCAUCAUCUCAAGCGGGUUUCGGUAUUGGCGAUGGAGGUAUUGGCGGUAUAAAUGAAGAUGAUUUACUUCAAGCAUUAGGAGCCGACGGUGGUACUGAAGAUCUUCCGGUUGACGAUGAUCUCGAUCUAUUCCAAUGGCCUGAAAGUCCCAACGAUCCAUCUCGAGAUCCAGUUUUAAAUCACCCAGACAGCCCAAGGCAAUCAGGUUUUGAUAUGAAUAUGAAGAGCUCAUUCGGAGGUGAUCUUGGCGAUGAUCCGACUAAUUUACUGCAACAACCUUUAGCUUUAGGUUACUACGUGUCAACUGCUCAAACCGGUCCGUUACCCAAAUGGUUCUGGUCAUCAUGCCCGCACCUCGCUCAAGUCAAUCCCGCCUUCUUAAAAUCUGCAUUACUUAUUCACACACCAUCAGUUCAACAAAAUACCGACGACUUUAGCAUGAACAACAGAAACUGUCAUCCACUAGACUCUAAUCUGACCACAGAUGUAUUGAGAUAUGUUCUCGAGGGUUACAACUCGCUAUCUUGGGUGUCCUUGGAUCCUGCCACUCACGAUCGUUUAUCAUGUUUACCAACACACAUUCAAAUCUUAAUGCAACUUUAUCAUACGGUCCAAGCAUUAGUUUGAAAUUAAUUGAGGAUUAGGAAUUAAUUCAUUUUUUUCGCAAUCAUCAUUAUCCAUUCUCCAUUUGUAUCAUCAUCAUCAUCAUCUUCACUUUCACCUAUUACGAUACCUUUUGUUUUUCCUCUCCUUCUCUCUCUCUCUCUCUCUCUCUCUCUUUCUGGUCUUAUUUUUUUCCCUUCUCAUGCAUCUAUCAACAUAAAAUCCACAAAACAAUAUAUCUUUCUCUCUCUCUCACACACACACUCUCUCUCUCCCUUUUCAUUGGUCAACGUUACGAUUAUUAUUUGAUAAAUGUAAAUAUAUAAAUAUGUAAAAUUAAUUAAUAUAUUGGUCCAAACAAAAAUAAGAUGAGAGUUUCUACCAUGAAGGGUCUUGUUAAAUGCCGAUUACAUGAGAAGCAUAAAUGGCCCUCGAAUAUUAUUAAACUUUACACCUUCAACUCUCCCUCUUUCCUUUUCCGCUUCCUUUCUCACUCUUUCUAUCCCGAAAUCUUUUUUCAUAAUAUUAACAAUUCUAAACAAUGAGUCAUAUCAGCCAUACGAAAUUGAAAGCAUACAAAUGGAAAACAUUUCUCCCGCUGAACUAUGAUGAUUAAUCUUCUCAACAGGUCAAUUCUACGACUAAUCGAAAAUCUUGUAAAAUGUUCUAAUUGACUCCCAAGUUUUCUCUCCCUUUUUUUCAAAUUCUCCCAAAAAUUAUUGGGCGAAUGCAAUUGUGAAAUAACGAUAAUAUUAAUAAUAAUACAACUAUUUCAUUUUA